CUUUUCUCAACCUCUCAAUCUGGGCCUCCUCUGGCUCCUGUCGCGGUAAUUGAGCUGAACUUCCUCCCCUCCCGUCACCGCUGGGCGCCUUUGCGGAAAGGAGGUGUGCGUUGUCUGUUUGCUGCGAUUGAUCCCCGCGCCAUACCGUCUUGUGCGUUUCGUUCCGAGUGGUUUUAUUCCCCCCCGAGUCCAGCGAUAUCACUGGGGUCCCGGCCCAAGCUUCCAGCAGCGCGCCAGAAGCUUGUUGCGGUCUAUUGCGGCCAAGGGAAGAGCGGGAAGUGGAGUGUCAAAGACGGGAGGACCAUCCCGUCGCUGUUUGAAUAUCUACCUUGCUUCUAAUCCUGUCCGACGACGAUUCGACUAGCCCACCAUGUCCGACGCCGACAGUUUCGAGGUUGUCCAGCACGCGGAUGCUCCUGCGGCUGCAGCUGCGGCUGCGCCCGCGUCCGAGCAGGAGCCGGCAGCUGCGCAGACCCCCACCUCACCGACUGCUACUCCCGGAAAGAAGGCGACCACGGCUACCGAAUCUUCAAAGCGCACUGGCGCCCCUGCCGCCCCUGCCGCUGCAUCUGCCCGCCGACCGGCAGCGACUGGUGCCGCCAGCACCAAGUCGGCCACAAGCUCGACCAAGAGCUCGACGACGACACGGACGAGCACCACUGCCGGCCUCAGCAAACCCCCGACACGGCCCACCGCAGGCACGACCGCUGCUAAGCGGCCGCCGACUGCUGCGUCGACUGUCUCGCACCGCUCCCAGCCGUCCGUGUCCGAAGACGAGAAGAAGCGGGCUUCCAUCUCGGGGACAACUGGGGCAGCGCGCCGUGCUUCGACCGCGGCCAGCACUGCGGCCAGCUCGCCAACCAAGCCGAGAACCAGCAGUACAACCGCGGCUACGACUGCGGCUGCGAGGAAGCCCCCGACUGCUUCAGCUACCGCGCCCUCGAAGCCGUCCACGACUCCCUCGAAACCGGCCACCGCUUCCAAACCAUCAGCCACGCCUGCUUCGUCCCCUGGUGCGACAGCCCGUGCUGCCCCUAAGCCCACGAGCACAGGAACCGUGGCCGAGGCGAAGAAGCGGCUGUCAUCCGUCUCUGGAAGUACCAUCAGCGGCGCGCCCCGUCACGCGCCUCGCGCCUCACUUGCAUCAAACGCAUCGUCCAGCGUUACCACUGCUGCCACUGACUCGGCCAAGGAGGUUGAAGAGUUGAAGGCCAAGCUUGCUUCAAGCGAGUCCGAGAUUGCCGAGUUGAAGGCCCAAAUCGAGUCAUCCCAGGCCAAAAUCACGGAGCUCACGGAGAAAGCCGGUGCUGUUGAAGGAGACCGGCCAGUGACCGAAGGCGCCCUCAGCAAGGAGGCCCUCGAGGGGCUGAAGGCGGAGCACGCGGCUGAGCUUGACGCUUUCAACAAGCAGAUUGCCGAGAUCCAGGAGAAGCUGGCUGCUGCCGAAAGCGACCUCGUUGCCCAGAAGACCGAACUUGCCGAUGCGAUCAGCAGCAAGGAGGCCGCUGAGGCCGAACUCGCUGGGCUCAAGACGUCGCUGGAGAAUCUCCAGGCGGAACAUGAGGCCAAGCUGAGCGAAACCGAAGCGAACCUCAGCAGAGCUACCGAAGAUCACGCCUCUAAGCUCGAAGCCCUUCAAAACAGCCUGAAGGAAGAGCACCAGGCGGCUAUCCAGGCAUUGGAGGCCAAGCACGCUGAGGAACUGCAAGGCGGCAACGCGACACUCGUUGCCAACCACCAGAAGGCCAUCGAGGAGCUCAACAGCGCCCACGAGGCUGCGAUCGCCGAGCUGCAAAGCAAGAUCGACGAUCUGACAGCGGCCCAGGCAACGCUCGAAGCUGCUCACGCGGAGAAGCUUGCUGCCGCGACCGCCGCCGAUUCGGCGAAGCUCGAGGCACUGGAGACGGAAAUUAGCGAGCUCAAGGCCAAGCUCGACGCCGCGGAAAAGAGCGCAGAGGUCGCCAAAUCGGAACUGGAGGCGAAGACGGCUGCCGUGGCUGCGCUGGAGGCUAGGGUUGCCGAGGUGGAAGCCGAACUCUCAGCUGCCAAGGAGGAGGCUGCCAAGGCCACCAGCUCACAUGGCGAUCUCCAGCAGCUCAUCGACCGUCUCAACGAGGAGAGCAAGGCGAAAGACGCCACCAUUGCCAAGAUCAAAGAAGAACACGCCGCUGCGGCCGAUCACCACCAGAAGCAGCUCCAGCAGGUCAGCCAGGACUAUGAGAACGAGAUUGAAAGUCUGCGGGGGGAUGCCUUCUUCAAGCGGCGCUUCGAGGAGCUGGAGGUGAAGCAUAACGAGCUCACCAAGGCCCAUGAGGAGGCUGUCGAGAGCCAUGCUAGGGCGCUGGAGGCCGCCAAGGCCGAGCACGACGCUGCCGUCAAGGCGUUGGAGAUCAAGGAGGCGGAGCACCAGCAGGCCCUUGAUGCUCUGAGGGCGAGCCAUGCUGAGGAGCUGGAAGGGGCCAAGAGCUUGGCGAGGCAGGCGCAGGAAGCCAGUGCUGAGGAAAUCCAAACCCUGAAGGACAGUCACGCUAGCCAGAUUGACGCCCUGAAGGCCGAGAGCGAAACCAACCUUGCCAAGGAACUUGAGGCCCUGAAGGCGACGCAUGCGGAGAUCCUUGACACCCUGAAGAAGGACGCCGAAGCAGAGAAGGCGCAGCUGCUUGCCCGACAUGCCGACGAGCUCGCCGCUGCCAAAGCAGCCGGCGAUGACAGCCAGGCCACGAUGAUUAAACAGAUUAGGGAGGAACUCGAGGCGAAACAUGCCGAGGACUUGGCGAAAUUGACCGCCCAGCUUGAGGCGACUAGCGGCCUGCAAAGUGAGCUCGAGGCGAAGCAUUCCGAGGUGGCGAAACUACAGGCUGAGCUCGGGGCCGCCAGCAGUCUCAGCCAGGAGCUGGGCGCCAAGCAUGCGGAAGAAGUCGAGAAGCUGACGGCGCAACUUGAGGCGGCUGCCGGCUUGAAAGAAGAGCUCCAGGCCAAGCAUGCUGAGGAAGUAGCCCAACUGGUCGCUCGGCUCGAGGCUGUCAGCGGCUCCAAGGAAGAAUUCGAGGCCAGGCACGCGGCGGAGAUCGCGAAGCUGACGGCUGAGCUCGAAACCGCCAAGAACCUCCAGCAGGACCUCGAGGCCGCGCAAGCCAAGCUUGCCGAGGCAGAGGCUAGCCAUUCGUCUGCCCUCGAGUCUUUGAAGAAGAGUCUCGAGGAUGCGCACGCAGCCGAGGUGGAGAAGCUUAUCGCGCUGAACAACCAGGCUCAGGAGGCCCUGAGAGCGGAGGGGGCGACGAGCACUCAGGCCCAGCUCGACGCCUUGCGACAGGAGCAUGCGCGCCUGGUUGAGGAGCUGACUGCCAAGUACGAGGCGGAUGCCUCGUCCAGGUCUGCCGAGUUGGCCAAGGUGGAAGCGGCCAAGCUCGAGGUCGACGCAGCUCUUGAGACCCUCAAAGCCGAGCAUGCCAAGGCACAGGAGGAGCUCGACACGCUCAGCCAGCAGCUCGCGCUAGAGAAGAUGGAGAAAUUCACCGCCCAGGCUGAGCUCGACGCCGCGAAGAAUGCCAAGCCCGACACCACCGAGCUGGACGCCCUCCGGGAGCAACUUGCCGUCCUCACCGCGGCCCACGAGAAGGAGAUUGCUGAGCUCAAGACGAGCCACGAGGAGGCGCUUGGCAUUGCCGGCGAGGCGUCCAGCAAGGCAGCCUCGGAGCUUGCCAGAGUCAGGGAGGAGCUGGCCAUGACACAGAAGGAGUUGGAAGCCCACAAGCUCGAGGCCGAGGCUAAGCAGAAGACUUCUGAGGCCGAUUACAAGGACAUGCACGACAGCAUGACGCAGCUUGUCGAGGAGGCGCAGAGCGCGGCGGCCGAGGCGCAGAAGAAGCUCACGGACGCGGAGCAGCGUUUUGCCGAGGCAGACCAGAAGAUCGCGGAGCUCACGGCGCAGCUGAAGGUCAGGAAUGCGGAGCUGGCCGAGGCUAGGGCUCGGGCCGAGGCACCCAAAGGCCUCGCGGCCAGCCGGUUCGCCAACCUCCCCGACGACGAGACCAACAACAACAGCAACAACAGCGAAGGCGCUAGUGGCCAGGAGGAAGCUCGCUAGAGUCGAAAAGUCGAUCAGCCAGCUCAAGGACUUUGACGAAGAGCUCGCAAGCCAGCACCACCAGAUGCUCAAGUCCAUCACCGACUUCAAGAGGCCGUCUUGAAAAGC